GACGCCGACUAGGGUUUCUCCGUCUCGUCUGCGAAAAUGGUGAAGGGCCGACAAGGCGAGCGCGUCAGGUUGUAUGUCCGGGGCACGAUACUCGGAUACAAGAGGUCGAAGUCGAACCAGUACGAGAACACCUCGCUGGUCCAGAUCGAGGGGGUGAACACGAAGGAGGAGGUCGCGUGGUACUGUGGCAAGAGAAUGGCGUACAUCUACAAGGCCAAGACGAAGAACAAGGGGACCCAGUACCGGUGCAUCUGGGGUAAGGUUGCUCGCCCUCACGGCAACAGCGGCGUCGUCCGCGCGAAGUUCAAGUCCAAUCUCCCGCCAAAAUCCAUGGGUGGACGGGUUAGGGUUUUCAUGUAUCCGAGCAACAUAUGAAGUGGAUUACCAUUUGGGAAUACACUUCAUGGCAUUUUGGUUUUUUGUUGGGUUUGAUCUUUCCUCUUUUUUCAUUUUCAGUGUCAUCCUUUAGCUUCACUUAUGAUACUACUGGUGAUCAUUUUUGUGAAAUUUUUUGUUGUCUGUUUCUUCA